AUGGCAGAGUCGGGGGGCUGCCCCCCGCUGUGGGUGCAGCUGGUGUCCCUGCUCUGCCUGCUCGCUUCGGGCCUCGCUUGCUGCCUGCAGGGCCGCGCCGAGUCCGGCUUCACGUGGUGGUACCUGGGCGGGGCCGCCUGCUGUGUGGCGGCCGUCUUCGCGGCGUUCCGCGUCUACGUCGCUCGCAAGGACCGAGCCGCCAGGGCCGAGACGGCCCCGGCAGGCACGGGGCAGCUUGCGCUCAGCAGGCAAAGGAACUCCGAUGGCUUCAUGAAGAAUAAGAAUGAUGAUGAUGACGCCCCUCGCCAGACGCUGUCCACCCCGCAGCUUCUACUCAGGAACGCCAGCGCCAAGGACCUCACUCGGUUCACCGCCGACGCCGUCGCCCUGACACGGCGGCUGGACCAGCGCGGCGGCGGGGAGGAGGAGGAAGAGGAGGAAGAGGAGGACGACGGGUGGGAGGGGGUGGUGGGCGCCUGUUUCCCCGGCAGCCCCAGAUCCCGGCCACCGUUGUCACGGCCGCCGUCCACGCGGCCGUUCUGCCCCUUCAGCCUCUCCCCCCCGUCCAAGUCGCGGCUGGCAAAGCGCCGGGCGUCCAUGCGGGGGGGGCAGCAGCAGCAGCAGCAGCACGGCGGCGGCGGCGGCGGCCCCCCGCUGCAGCACGACGCGGCGCUCGGCCUGGUCGGGGGAGCCUCUUAGCACGGCGGCUUCUCCCGGGUCUGGCACGGCACGGCGUCGUGGCCAUCAAAUCCUAGCCCCCCAACCUUCCACUCCCGCAGUUUGCGUUUUGAAUUCACGAAUUUAUUGUGGCACUGACUCCCCUUGGUCUAGCACUUCUUUGGGUUUGUGCCUUUUGUUUGAUUGGGGUCUGCACACGGAAGUUUCCACUUCCCCCGGAGUUUCGUCUCGUUAUCCGGCACUGCGCUCAGAGCUUUAAUACCCCACCCCCUUCCCUUCCCACCAUCGUGAUCGCAGCGCUCUGGCGGAGCAGAGGGGGGAGAUGGGUUGGGUCGGAGCCUCCCAACCCAGUGCCAGCGGUGAUUCUCGUUUAGUGCAGAGCGAGGCCACCGGACGUGGCGGCGUAAGGGGAGCUUGGCUUUCAAGUUCCGGGCCUAGGGACCCUCGUAAGGAAAAAUAAAAUUGUGCCAAGAUGCCACUGGGGGCAAACUGACAGGUGGAGGUGCGACGAGGCGGCUCGGUGCGGAAAUAGUCGCUCGUUAUUGUCAAAACGGAAACUUUGUCUUUGAUUUAAGGAAGAAGGAAAAGCAUGGCAGAGGCGUUUGUACAGGUAAAAGAGGCGUUGCGUGGUAAUUAUAUAUAAUUAUAUUUCGGGUAAACCUAACGAUGACGGAGCCGGUCGAGGUUUGAGCUGCUCACCGUUUGUGUGUUUUCCCCUGGGGCCUCUGAGGCCUGGCUCCAGUGCCGCGCUGUGGUCAACAGCGUAGAGGUGCUCGCUCCAUUAAUACAAAGCCAGCUGUUGACCAUUUGUGGUGGUGUUUUCUUGGCCGUGGUGUGAUCGCCCUCGCCCGUGGCUCCUUGAGUCCUCCUCCCCCAGUACCUCGACGCUGGGGUCACGCUGGGUUCGUUUUUGUUGUCAAAAACCAUUAUUAUUUUCAUAAUUUGUGUGUUUUUUAUAUAUAGCAGUCCAAACAAAGUAUGGCUAUAAAUUUAAGUGUUAUAAUUUUCUAUAUUUUAUUUUACGAGCUCUCCGGAUGUUCUAAAGUUUGAUUUGCUCACGCGCAGAGACGCAACGUAACCGUGAGCACCGAGAGCGGAGGAGAAUGGUGGCAUUAUUGUCAUCGUUAUCGCGCUUCGCUGGCGGCGCGUGGGUUGGGCCGGAGGACGCGCUCAUCCCCCUUGUUCGGGCUUGCGCUCCGGGUGGUGACAUUCCUAUGCAAUGGCGCGCCGCGCGACCAGCACGCGGGGCGUGCGGGCCGCGCGGUGCCCUCGCCGCGAGCCGAGGGGGGGGGGGGGGGGGGGCACCGGGCGCGGCGGUGCCCCCGCUCGGCUCGGCGAUGGAGCCGAGUGGCGCCGUGGCAGGCUCCCACGAGCACCGCGCUCCGCGUCUCGGUCGCGGCCGCCGUGGAGAUUGUCGCGUGCGGCGACGACGCCGCCGGCCCCGCCGCGGGGCUUUCCAGGUGGCCAAAUUUUUUUUUUAUUUUUUUUUACGGCGGUUCAGCAAACCCGCUUGCUGUGUACCGCCGCCGUUGCAGCAAUUGGCCUGCCGUUCGGUCUGCGGACUUUUUGCACGCUUAUCCUGCAGGUGUGCAAGUUAGGUUUCCUGCGGUAUAAAUCCCACGUGCGCGCAAACGCUCGUUAAAAAGUAAUCGGCCGCGCAUCGCGAGGCAAGACCCUCCGGAAAGCGAGUCAUUGGCGAGGCUUUCCCAGACAAACAUUAAAGGGGUCUACGAAAUGACGCGGACAAUUUGUAUCGCUUCCUGCCGACACGUAAAGCUGUGCUGCCAUUGACGUGGCUGGUGUGACUUCUUAGCUGGACGAUUGCUUUGCCUGCGAGCUGGUGAUUUUUGUUGCCGCGGGCCUCGGGCUGGUUCUGUGGCUGUCUCGGCAGCGGGUGACCUCGUGAUGUCGAGACACUGAGACUUGGCGGGGAUGAUGAUUCUGGUGAGCCAGUCUCUACCCGACUCGCCCGUGUGCGUGAAAUGUGUUUGUGAAAUGUGUGGGCAGUGAUGAGGCAAUGCUGCUCGCGCUGAGCUAUGGCACGGUAAACCUGGGUUCGAUUCCUGGCCACGCACAACAUCGGCAGUGAACCAGUCCGUACCCUCCCCUAGUUCAAGUAUCUGUUGUGGUGUGUGAACAUGAGCACUGGGGAUACAAAGGUGGCCAGAAGUUGUUCUGGCCACCCUGUCAAGUGACGUUGCCGGCCUUAGUAGGUGCUCGCUAACAUCACUUGCCCAAGAGUCAAUAAGACUAAAUAGACUACAGCGUGUGUGUACGUGACUAGUUCAGAACUGUAUGGAAUGCUGCUGUGGUCGGUUCCACGGCAAUGGAGUCUCAUUGCUGCACAGAACCCGACCCACACUCGGGCGUGGAUAUCCGGCCAGGUGGUAGCUCUGGUGGCAGAGUGAGCAGCGCGCUCUCUCGGAAGGUCGCUGCGAGUUCACAUCCUGGUUGGAGAGAUUGACUCGGCCCAUCGCCAUUGUGUGGGGAAGAUGACUGGUGGGUGCCCUUAAGGAUAAAUUUGCCCCCCUCCCCUUGCUAUAGGAACGUGGAAUUUCCACUCCUGGCUGAGAGCUGUGACGAGAGAAGCACCCGGCCUUCAAUGCUCAAGUUCAGCAGGAGAUCACUUUGGCUUUUGACAAACAUUGGGAGCCAAGCUGCUUUCAGUGCUCCCGGUAACGCGUGGGGAGCAUCCUCAAGCCUGCAUGGUGCUUGCAAAGCUCCGUUACUCGUGAAUCGACACUCGCGUUCAACCUCGCGCGGUUACCGCCUCUGCUGCGAUUUAAACUGGGUUCAAGCAUUUUGAGUUGAAGGUAUCUGCCUGAUCACGAAUAACUUGAGCAAAUUCCCAUCGCUUAAUUUUCGUUGCCAAUUUUAAUCCCCGUGAAGAUUUCGGCGCUUGAGGCAUAACUGUUGAUUUGGCAUGCGACAGACACUCCGUGUGUGAGGCAAUUUAAGCGACUUCGAAAGUAGCUCUUUGAUAUCCACUUCUGUGGAGCUGUUGUGAUACAGGGCGAGGGUUACUCUGCUGCCUUCGAGACUCCCCGCCCCCCCCCCCCCCGAAAUGGGAGUGGAGAGACGGGGGGGGGGGGGGUGGGGGGUCUUGCGCGAUGAUGCCGGCAGUGGUGCCAACCUAAAGAAGCUAAAGUGUGGGGGUGCCGACUUGUACAACACAGCGUGGAUUUUUUUUGCAUAGCGUCUACUUGCAAAUCGCCCCCCCCCCCAUCUUGUCAAGACGCCGUACAGAAACAAGUGCGCGUAGAGAGGUGUCGAGCGAGGUGCAGGAUGAGUCUACAGAAUUUAUAUAGCUGGGUGGUGGGGGUGCAGAAAAGCACCCAACUAUACUUCCCACGGUGGUUGAGGGAGAGACGGGGGAGGGUGGCGUCGAGGCCUCCGCCCGAGUGCGGCCCUCGCACGCUCUCCGUGCCCCGCGGGGCCAGGCCAGGCGAAACUAAUGCAAGCUGAAGUCGUCGUCACGAGCUCUUCGUGACUCCGUGGUGCCGUACGACGGCUGUGACGUUUCUGACUGGCGGGUUUUGAAUGAACUUUUUUUUUGUUUUCUUACAAACUAUUCCCCCCCCCCCCAACAAAAAAAAGGAGUGGGCGAGGAAGGUAAAAAAAAAAACUUAAUUGAGCAUCUGAGAGUGAAACGGAGAGAACGUGGGAAAUUGGGACGGGCGGGGGGAGUCCGGUUGGGGCGAGCUCGCGGGUCUGCUUGGCUAGCGUGUGAUCAGGGGUAGGGUUGGGGUCCUUUCGGCUCUUGGCUAGUAGUUUUAGGUUCGGAUUAGUUAGCUCGUGUGGUUGGUAUUAGGGGUAGGGCUGUAGGGGUCUGGGUUGGCUAGUUAGGUUUAAGAGUAGAGGUAGGGUUGUAGUUUCAGUGGCUAGCAUGAUUAGUAAGGGGUAGCGAGUGGUAAUGCCUGGGUGGUUAAUUUGGUUCGAGUCUGGGGGGUGUAGAUAUAUGGUCUGGUUAGCCAGUGUGGUUCGUGUUAGGGUGAGUACUCGCCCCCUCGUUGACCCAGGGUGUUCCACCCCUAACAACCGGGGCCCCCUUCACCGUUCCCAAGUUGCCUCUCCCUCGUGGUGUUGUUGUUGGUGAGAGUUGUACCGGACCGGCAUCGUCGCCUCGACUCUCGCUGGCUUGUGUUUGGAGGGGAGCGUUUAUUUGGUGCCGGAUCCCCCCCCCCCCCCCGCCUAGCCUUCUCGGAAAUUCAAUUUUCUUUUGUUAAAUUCACGUUUAAUUUUCCCCCCUCCCUCCCCCGUCUUCGCUCCAACGACAAAGUUCUAAGGACGUGGGGGAGAGAGAGAGAGCGAGAGCGAGGGGCGGGGGGGAGUAUGAAGCACGAGAAGCGAGGCAGAGCGGUCAACACGCAGACGCGUCGCUGGGUGGUGUUUACAGAGGUUGUAUGUGGCGGCUCUGCGGGGGUCCGCUUCACCGUGACUGACAGCCGCGCCAAUCCGCCGUUUGUGUUGUUUAACGAGCACUUUACUGACUUUUAUACAAUAAACAUUUUAUACAAAAGCCA